AUGCGAUCCAAGUUCAAGGACGAGCACCCCUUCGAGAAGCGCAAGGCCGAGGCUGAGCGUAUUCGCCAGAAGUACGCCGACCGCAUCCCCGUCAUCUGCGAGAAGGUCGAGAAAUCCGACAUAGCAACCAUCGACAAGAAGAAGUACCUCGUCCCCGCAGAUCUCACCGUCGGCCAGUUCGUCUACGUGAUCCGAAAGCGCAUCAAGUUGUCUCCCGAAAAGGCUAUCUUCAUUUUCGUAGACGAGGUCCUGCCACCGACUGCCGCGCUCAUGAGCAGCAUCUACGAGGAGCACAAGGACGAAGAUGGGUUCCUCUACAUAACUUAUUCGGGCGAGAACACGUUCGGUGAGGCUGCUUAG